CGGAAGCGCUGCACGUCGACGUCGCCCGGGGCGUUCAAUCAUGCAUCUGCCCAUGUGGGCGGCGGCGGGGCCGGCGCCGCGCUGUGCGCUGUGUCUGCAGCCUUCCGGGGCUCAUCACUCCGCGGAUACCGCACCAGACAGCGUCGGCGUCGCAGAAUACGCACUCCGCGCGUGUAUGUCGCGCCACGAACAGGGACAUCUCCGGACGCCAGAUAGGCUUCCCAUCCCAUUAUGUCCUCCUCGCUGCAGGCGGCGUGCGGCCUCGGAGUGGGUUCGUCGAUGCGGUCGUGCCACAUGACUGCGCGUGUUUCCGCGGCUCAGCGGUCGACGCUCAGCGCGGGUCUUCUCUCGCCGGACGUUCUGCGGUUAUGCACGCUCUCAGCCCCUCGGAAGCAUGCCAGGGAGGGCGACUGUGCGCCCUGUGCGGCAGCACCUGUCGCGCCCGGCAGGCACGUCGUGCCUCGACUGCAGCUGCAGGCAACCCCCGGUAACCUCGACCGCCUCCGACGCCGGCGUGGGCCGCCCUCCCAAGAGCCCGUGGCAGGGAAGGACGCUGCUGCGUCCCUGGCCAAGCUCGCGUUGCCGUCUGUCUGUCUGUCGUACAGCACAGCGAGCGCGGACUCGGAAGUGUCUCUGGAAAACCGUUCGCGCUGCGCGCGGUGCGCCGGCAAGUGAAC